AUGGAUGGACAACAGCGGUUAUCUCCUCAUACCCAGAAGCAGGGUCGUCGGCGACGAUCCAGCAGUCUCAUCUACCAGGAGCCUCCAGAAUCCAUCGAGCAUACUAGCGAUCAGGCUGCUCUACCUAAUCUCAAUGCAAACUGGGUGAAUGCCAAAGGUGCUUGGACCAUCCACUUCGUACUCAUCGCCGCGCUGAAGAUCUUCUGGGAUAUUAUGCCCGGUUGCUCACAGGAGACUUCAUGGACCCUUACCAACAUCAGCUAUAUGUUCGGCUCCUUCCUUAUGUUCCACUGGGUGCGGGGCAUUCCAUUCGAGUUCAACGCUGGCGCCUAUGACAAUCUCAACAUGUGGGAACAAAUUGACAACGGUGACCAGUAUACACCGACCAAGAAGUUCCUGCUAUGUGUGCCUGUCAUUCUUUUCCUCGUCAGCACUCAUUAUACCCACUACGAUCUGACCUACUUUACCAUCAACUUCCUUGCCACUCUUGGUGUUGUGAUUCCGAAACUACCUUUCUCGCAUCGCCUGCGGAUAGGUCUAUUUGCUGAUGACCUAGACGAAUCAUAG